GUUCGCAAGCUUCGGUUAUGGCAUGGUCGAUCAAGAGGCUUGUCUCGACAUUCAAGCGAGCAAUCUCCAGGCCUCACAGGCCACGGUCUGCUUCGAUACGUUCCAUUAUGGAACAUGCUGGAAUCCCAGUGCCAGCAGCAAGCACCGCUGGCAGUUGCAGUGAUGAUGACUCAAUGGGUGAAGGGGAGGAGGAAGAGGAGAUGGAAGAUGACCCACCCCUAGAGGAUGUGAUGGAGGAGCUGGCCCCUUCCAGCGCCAUGGUGCCUGCUGAGCCUGCAAUCCCUGUCAAGCUAGAGAAGCCUGAGGAGAAGGAGGAGGAUCUUGUGUUGGUUGCCCCCCCUUCAAAGAAGAUGAAGAAGGAAGCCCGAACCGAGACGGCUAGCAAGAGCGCAAAGGCCACCAUGGAGCCUCCCAGUGAGAAAGAAAAGGCCCUCAGUGAGACAGGAAAGAAGGCCCCCAGCGAGACAAAAAAAACGCGCGAGAUAGGAGAAUCCAGCAGUGAGUCAGGAAAGGCCCCCACCAGUGAGUCAGGAAAGGCCCCCACCAGUGAGUCAGGAAAGGCCCCCACCAGUGAGGCAGCAAAGGGCCCCACCAGUGAGGCGGGAAAGGGCCCCACUACCCCCACCAGUGAGUCAGGAAAGAGCUCCACCAAAGGAGGAAGGACCACCGGCGACACCAGAAAGGCCCCCACCGAGACCAGAGAGGCCCCCAUCGAGGAGACCAGAGAGGCCCUAAGAAGCAAGACCAGAGAGGCCCCAACAACCAAGACCAGAGAGGCCCCAACAACCGAGACCAGAGAGGCCGCAACAACCGAGACCAGAGAGGCCGCAACAACCGAGACCAGAGAGGCCUUGCCUGUUCGCAAAAGGGUCAAGGAUCCAACGAUGCUGAAGCUGAAGCGUGUCUUGGAAGAUGGUGUCAAAAGCCAGAAGUCCAAGCAUCUAGAAGCAGGUUCUCAUGAUGGUGCAAUGACUCCAACAUCGACUGUUUCCACGGCAGCCUCGACCUUUGAAGGAGGAAAUACCCACGUCGUCAUCGCCCUGGGCAGUGGCUGCUAUGAGUGCCAAGGCUGUGGCUUGAUGGGUGACCUUGCAACCAUCACUACCGUGGAGUGUGAUGCGAAACGGCUAGCCAAGAUCAAAGAGCUUGAGAAGCUUCGGGAGCUGACUUUGUCAUUGCAGGAACUGAAACGACAGCGCCUUUAUGAAAGGGAUCAGGUUGACUUGCCCCGGCGGUCUGGGAAAGCUCCAACACCCCCUUCGAGCAACUGCCCCUGCACGGACAACUUGGAGACACAGGUGUGGAUGGAGGAUUCGCAGCCUCCGUGGGACCCGGCAUGCAAAGCUUUGUCGUUCGAAUAUGAAGAUUCCCCUGAGUCCGACUCCGAACAGGCAGAGCCCCUUAUGCAUGUGGCAGCAUCCCAUGAUGUUUUGCGCCGGAGCGGGAGGGGGAUAGCCAACUCCGAGAUUGAAAUCGGCAAAGCCAAGCCAGCAACAGAAGCCACCAAGCCAAAGAUUGCAACGGAAGCCACCAAGCCAAAGAUUGCAACGGAAGCCACCAAGCCAGAGAUUGCAAUGGAAGCCACCAAGCCGGAGAUUGCAACGAAAGCCACCAAGCCAGAGAUUGCAAACAAAGCCACCAAGCCAGAGAUUGCAACAACACACAGUGGGUCCAACAUCGCGAAGGCACGCAAAGGGGAACUGAAGGCCGAUAGAGCUGGUGAGGCUGCCCUUGCACUCCCCGAAAAGCCCGCAUGUAUGUACAAGAUUCCUCCUUCUAUCUGCCCCAAAGACCAGAAGCAUGGCAAGCGAGAGCCGAAGCACGAGGAGGAUGAGGAGGAACCAGAGGAUGAGAUGGAAGCAGCAGGAGAGGAGGAUUUGGAUGGUGAUGCAGCCACCGAAGCACCGGAGGAUGAUGAGGAAGACGAUGCCCGAGAUGAUGAUGACGAUGGCGAUGAGGGCUGUGAUGAUGCCGAGGGAAAUGAAGAGGAAGAGGAUGAAGAGGAGAAAGCCCCGAAACGGAAGGUUUUGAGGCGACCAGCGGCGAAGGCGAAGGUCGAUGAAGCCAAGGCCCUGAAAAGCCGCAAAUCCGUGCUGCUUCUGAUGUGGACCAGCAAUAUCGACCUCGGCAUGCAGGUGGAGAUGCUGGAGCUCUUCAGUGGGGACGCGAAGGUGAGUCAGGUUUUCCGAGAAGCUGGAAAGCGCACGGUUUCGUAUGAUAUGCUCUACGAUCCCAAAGGGAAGUGUAUGGAUUUCCUAUCCCCUGGGGGCUUUGCGUGA